UGUUGUUUCCCUGUAUUUCGUUUGGCUUGUUUGGCUCUUUGUGUUCCGUGUUAUUUAUGAUCUUAUGUAAGGCUAAUGCCGUUUCUGUUGUACUGUGUGUUCAUCUAUAGUUUUCACGGUGAAGUUGGAGUAAAAGUCUGCAAUAAAACCCGUCAAAGGAACCACUGGUGUCUGCCGACUGCUUUUAGACUAGAGGGAUUUAUACAAUAUAUUUGACAUAGCAAACAAUUUCACAUUAUAUCUUAAAAAUAAAACACAAUUAGCUGUAUUAGUCAAGGAAAGAACACUUUCAGACUUGGAAUUUGUGUUUAUAUACGUGAACCACCAAAUGUCAGAGCUUUAACGGCCAAUCACACAAAUCACACGCAUGUCAUGGGACCAGAGCCCGUCUACGAAUAUUAGACAUUCUCUGAUGGGACCCAAAAUGAAUUGGAUUUUUACUUCCGGAACCACACUGCGGCGCUCUGCUGCCCUCUAGCGACGUCAUGGUGAAGUAGGAACCGACUGUCAGUGUUGCCAGAUUUCCCGCCCAAUCUGGCAACACUGCCGAUUAUGUACGACGCAAGGUUACCAUGACAAUACCAAACACAAAACGACUUCCAGAGGGAGAAACUACCUUGAAAUGUGUCUUAACUAAGCUUGAGUACGUUUUCUUUCAAUUGCAAUAUGGCAAAUGUCAGAAGUUACUGCCUCAACGUCCGAGUCGGAAACUGGAACGAAGAUAUGUACUUAGCGGAGGCUGAGCUGAAAGAUUUUGUUGAGAGAAAAGAGAGGGGCCAGCUCGCUGUCCAGAAGAGCAGCUUCCUGAACGACAGCCUUCUUCAACAGGUGGACCUCACUGUGUCCACAGAUGGAGGGUUACACAUCGGCGACACUGUGAUGCUGGUGAAUAUGGGCGGCUCCAGCAGGGGGUGCACUGCUGUUAGCAUCAAUGCAGACACUAGCAGCUUGACAAACCCCCCUGGCCCAGUCAUCCAAGCCCCAUGUGGCGUCAGCGCUGGUCAAAGUGUACAGCCCUGCACCCGCACUGCCUUUAGCAUCACAAGUAUAGAUGGCGCUUCUUCUGGAACACCUCUGUAUUAUGGGCAAAGUUUUGCUCUGAGAACAACAAGCGGUUUUGCUGGUGCUCUGUGUUUGACCAGUGAUCUGCAGACCUUUCAAAGGUGUGCAAAGAAGUCCCGCCUGCAGGAAGUGAGUUUGAAUAUGGAUAGUUCCUUCCUGUCAUGGUGGAAGAUUGUGCACUUUGACCCCCAGGAGAGGCUUGAGUAUGAGGGUCUGCCCGCCCCUGCAAAUGUUAAAGUGUUGAUCGUACACUGCAAGACAAACCAGGCUCUAGCCGUUCUGGGUGACCAAGUCCUUUGGACUGCAUUUGGCCGUGAGUAUGAAGUCACAGCCCAUACCUUCCUGGAUUCGCACAAGGCUGAGAAUGACAACAACCACUGGCUAAUAGCCACCUCUGACCCUGGAGGGGCGGGGCUUCUAAUUGUGGGACACCAAAAAGACAGAACAGCCGACGCAACAGAACCGCACAGUCCGACCCAAAAUGAGUGACCAUGCCAUGUAAAAUGGUAACAAAAUGCAAACUUUAUGUUUCUUUAAAACAGGGGCCGCACCGGAGUUAUGAAACCAAAAUAAAACAUCUUUAAA